GACAUUUUUUGACAUUUAUUUCCACCGUCGUCAUACUGAUUGUCAAAUAAUUUUCGUUAAUUUCUCUUAUACUAUGUUCUAAAGUUAAAUGACGUCGAAAUUAGAACAAGUUCUACAAAUCCGACCGCCUGAUGAGCUGCACUUUAAAGGCUAUUUCAGCGAUUCUAUUACAGUUAUUAUGACCUUGAUCAAUCCUUCAGCUAAAAGGAUUAUGUACAAAAUCAAAACAACGGCUCCGAAAAAAUACUGCGUUCGACCUAAUUGUGGUAUUUUAAAUCCGAACGAGAUCAGCGAAAUAUCCAUAUCAUUGCAACCAUGUAUGUACGAACCGACCGAGCGGGGUAAGCAUAAAUUUCUGGUUCAAAGCGCAUUUGCUCCACCAGGAGAGGUUAAUAUGGAAAACAUUUGGAAGGACAUCAUACCGGAACAUUUGAUGGAGUCGAAGUUGAAAUGCACAUUUGAUAUAGACUCUAAAGAAGAGUACCAAUCGGGAGAACCAUACGAUUUCGUACCGGAUACUGCUUCUACGCCUGUUGCAGCAUCCAGUCAGAAAGUCACACACGAAAUAUUAACCAAUAUACAAAGAGAAGAAGAUUCUAUUUUGAAGAUGGAGAAUCAGAAGUUGCGGGAUCAGAUCAUGAAGCUUGAAAUGGAGAAACAAGCUUCGCUCUCUCCGCUUUGUAUAAAAGACGGUAUAGCGCAGAUUUCUUUUAACUGGAUGCACUUUUGUAUAUCGGUGGUUGUAGGGAUUGUAGGUAUCAUUUUUGGGAAAUAUUGGCUUUAAAAACUAUUUUAUAUCAGUGAGUUAAAUUUAUAAAUAAAACUUAAAACUAUC